GGGCUGUGAGAGACAAAUAUUGGUCAAUAUUGCAAGGCAGCUUUACGUGGACAGCACACGGUUAUGAUGAUGCAGCUCCAGAACUAUUUUGCAUCAGUGGUGCAGAAGCUUAUUCUUUUCUGAGAAUUGCAUUCCCUUGGGAAUCUGUUCAGAAUUGCAUGCCAGUGGUGUGCUGGUCCAGAGUCAAAGUGGGUAGGGCACCUCCUCUGCUACCCUGUUUCCCUCCCCCUUUUCCUCCUAAUAAAAUUAGGCUGAGAGAAAUAGGUUACCCAUCCAUCCCACACCACCAUGUUGCAGAAUUGACUGGAUUUUGUAGUUCCAGAAUGAAUGUCUUCUGUCUGUAACUUGCAAAAAGAGAUGUGCGUAUGCAAGCAGGUGGGAAACUCAUGCCUCAGAUGCUUAAUUGGAUUAGGCUCCUGGCUGCAUCUUUGCUUACCUGUAUCUGUGCUUACCUGUAUCAGGGGAAGGAGUGAUCACAAAAGAAAUAUAAGGCCCAUCAUCUUCCUUUUUUUGUAACGUGUGAAGAAGCAUUCCAAACUGAAUGCAUAGCCAUGGCAGUACUGGGAUUAUACCAUCAGAUGGCACUAUCAACCAAGAAUUGAUAGACAAUGAGGGAGAAAAAGCUUCUGUCCCAAUCUCCCUUGACUUUGUGUAUCUUGUCAGCUCUGGCCAACUCAAGAUUACUCUCAAAUAAUCAUGCAGCUGGUCACUGGGGAAACUGACUGGUCAUAAGAAAAUGUUGAAUAGAGAAAACUGUGAGUGAGAGAGAGAUCGUCCCCAGUAGUGCAGAACCAUCAGGGAUCCCAAUAUGCUAAAAAGGCCCAUGAAUGUGUUUUGGAACCCAUUACCCAAUCAAGCUCCUCCUUAAAAUAUCCAGCAAAGGAGACUGAAGUCAUUUUCAGCACCUCACCUCUCAUUCACCUUCUUACUUGCAAAACAUGAGGCUAAUUCUAGCCAAGCCACAUGCUUUUGUUCUCUGCCCUAAGGGGAAAGUUCCAAGAUUCUACCUUCUGUCAAAUUCCCUCCCUCCUGAACUAAUAGGUUGGUUGUCUGAUUUCACACCUUCAGGGUGGGUGAUGAUAAAGACUGGGCUCCACUGAAGUUCAAGUGGUUGCAAAUAAAAACAUUGGUCACUUGCUCUAGAUCACUCGUCACAAUACUUUAAAAUAACAAAGCUGGAAGACGACAUCAACAUUUAACACCAAAAAUCAUAUCUUAAUGAUAUAAUUGUCCAUGAUCAUCUUUAUAACUCCAAGGAAGGAGAUUGCACAACUUCACUGGCAAGUUGAUAUCUUGUUCUUACUACAAACCUACAGUACAAAGGAAAGUGUUUACCCUUCCUAAUUACAGAACUUUUCUCUCUCUAGAUCUAUAGCACUUGUCUUGCUUGUAAGCAAAUGCAAGAUAACCUACCGGUAGUUCCAGGAAGUGUUGGAAAGCAGCCCUAUAUUACUGUAUCCACAACCCAGAUGUUCUGGACCUAGAGCAAAAUCUGGCCAUCCCUAGUAAAGAACUGUGAAGGUUUGGCCCAUUAUCGUGGAAUCGGAUACAGCACCCAUGUUGCCCUUGCCUGGUGCAUCUGGGGAAUCCUUGCAGUCCGUACCAUCACUCUGGACAAUGGUAGAGGAACAAUUAGCACCCAGUGAGAGGCUUGAGGCGAAAGCUAUCUUGGGUCAUGGCCUUGUGGAACGGAGCUUGGAACUUCAUGCUGAGGUGCGGACACUGUUGGAAUUACAUCAGGAGUUGCAGUCAGGCCACCUUGGAGUGGAGCAAAGCCCACUGCAAGCAGAUGACAGCUGGGCCUUGCUGGCAGCUCCCCCCAACCUCAAGGAACUGGUGAGGGAGGAGAUCCGCCUUCUUCUAAUUGGCCUACAGCAGAAGGCAUCGCAGGAGGGCAGGAACCAAGAUUGUGCCAUCGCUAAAUACAGCCCUCAUGUGGUCACCUUUGCACUGAAGGCAAAUGCUGGCAAUAGUCAGUCUUCAUCUGGGAGCAGUGCCCUAAUCAGGCCAUUAUUCUCCAGAACCGCUAAUCUGGAAUCGUUCUGUAAUAAACUGAAUAUUGCCCAUAUCAGUGAGGUAGCCUCUCAACUUCGAACCUUGCUAGAGGAUGAGUGCUGUGAUCUGGAAAGAUACAUCCCCUAUUUACAGUGCCAACUGGAGGAGGCGCAUCAGCACGCUACAGAGCUGCUAGAGGCAACACAUGAGCCCACCAUGGCUGAAUUACAAGAGGAGAAGCGCGCCAUGGAACGGGAUUUGCAGCUAAGCCAGCCUAAGCCAGGCACCAGCCCUUCCCUGAUGUCGAAACAUCUUGGGAGUAGCAGCUACCAGCCGCAAUUCAGUGGCUUAAGAGGUUCAGCAAAAGGACCAAGCUUUGGAGAGAUCAGUCCUGCUUCUUCACCAACUCUCAGAGACCAGACUUCUCCUUUAUGCCAUCAGGCACUACCCCGGCGGGGCCACUCAGCACGAGGGUCCUAUGGAUGGUCGCAGCGGGAUGGUGAGGAACCCAACCAAGCCAGGAAGGACAAUGAUGUUCUGUUGCCCAGACCUGUGCUGCCAGUGCCUCUGAAAGGGGGCAGGAUUGCUUCAGCCUGCGGGCUGGCAGUAGCAGGGUUGGACCAUGUCUUCCACCCCACGCCUCCUACAGAGCCAUGCCCAGUGCCCCGCUUCUGCCCUCGCACUCGGCUGCUGCGAUGCAAAGGACCCAGCUAGGGAAUGGAGAGCUGCCGCCUUCCCUUAAGUACCUCAAUUCCCGCUCCCCUGCUGCAGGGUCUCCAAGGGACCCAGCCCUGCAGCAUCCUGUGCCUCAAGAGUUGCUGCUGUUGCCUUUUGCUCAUCCUUGUGAACAGGGUCAAUGGGAUUCCAGGGAAAGUGAAAAGGCAAAGAAAUGCAUACACACAACCUCCCCAACCCAUGAAUGCAGAUAAACUACUUGCAAGUGGGACCUAUGCCAGUGAGAUGCUCUUCUCCUCCUUCCACAACACAGGGCAGUGGGCCUUGUGGCAGUGAGGCUGUGAACCCAACCCACACCAUCCCCAUUCCUCCACGCACCCCAAAGAACUGUACCACCCAAGGUUCAGGAAUAUAAAUUUCAUUAAAAUCUAUCAGACUUUAAAAAUC